CUUCAACGGAAUACAACGCUUGCUUUGUGAAAACAUUGUGAAGUGGUGUUGCUCUUCAGCUACAAUAUGGAGUGUUGAUGUUAUGGAUUUUAAGUAUAAAACCAGUAAUAAGACAUUGAUUACUGCUUAGUGCUUACCCUUACGAUGGCAAGCUAACGAACGCCAGUGACCAACUGACUCUGCCCCCGCUAUCCGCUGCAGCCGAAGUUUGCUAGCAGUCGUCAUUGGCGAUCCUCUUACAUCGGUGCAAGAGCUGUGACCGAAACAUGCGUUUGCACCUUCGGACGUUUCGACGAGCGACGCAUGCCCCGAAGGCUUACCGACGCCAAAGUACACUUGGAAGGCUUCUCUUGUCAACCACAUACAAUUGGCCAUCCGUGAUUUCGCUGUCGCCAGCUAGGACCGUGCUUAGGGUCGCUGCGGCAAGCGGCCUCAGCCCAAUCGCAGAGGGAGGUCGAAAAAGCAAUAAGGAUGAUGACUUUCAGCUUCGGACAAAGAAGCUAAGAGCGAAGAUCGAGAGGCUUCGGCAAAUCCAGGAAAAGCUCGCACUUCUCGAUGACGAGCAUGAAAUCCAGCAAGCAUACGAGGAGGUCGAACUCCUGGCUUCAGACUCGGACUCGGACUUUGACGAUCCCCUGCCUCCGCCCGUCCUAGCGGCCCCAGCCGGCUCCCUGCCCCUCCCCGCCAGCGCCGCCGCUGCCCCUCCUAGCACUCCCAUCUCCUACCUGGCUUCCAGCCCGCAACCCCGCCCCCGGGAACUCCCCAGCAGCAGGCAUGGCAGCCCCGCCCGCGCCUCUCAGCCGCACUGGGGUGAGGGCGAGGCAGUCCAAACACCGCGGACACCGGCACAAACCAGUGGAGGGCUGCAAUCGCUGUCACAGGCCAGCGACAUGCACGACACGAACAGCGGGAUCAGCAGCAGCAACAACAGCCUUGGAAGUAUCGGUCUUGACAACAGCAACAGCGAGAGCAGCGCCGGGGUUGGAAUGGAGCGGCAUCGGGGCGCGGAAUCCUCCCCUGCAAUCCCCCACACUGCCAGCGGGCACCAGCAGCAGCAGCCACCAACAUCCCCACUCCUCCUCCAACCCCCGCCCCACCCCCACCCCCACCCCCACCCCCACCUCCAGGGGCCUGUCCAGCGCUACACCGUGCGCUACUCGCCCGGCUCCCCCCGCCCCACCUUCGUCAUCCUGGGGUCCGAGGACCGCCCUGAGCCGGCCGCCGCAUCAGGCGCAACCGCUGAGGCCACCACCUCUACACCCGCCUCUACACCCGCCUCUACACCCGCACCCGCACCCGCACCCGCACCCGCUGCACUUCCUCCUCCUCCUCCACUGCCCCGCCCAGCGGUGCAGCAUCAGCAGACCCCUCAGCAGCAGGGACCCGAACCAGCAGCAGCAUCAGCAGCAUCAAGGGCAG